UUGCUGUUCAGUCGACAGGGGAAGCUGCGACUGCAGAAAUGGUUCACGCCAUUAACAGACCGGGAGAAAAAGAAGGUGAUCCGGGACAUGAUGAUGCUAGUGUUGGCUCGUCCACCACGUUCCUGCAACUUUCUCCAAUGGAGGGACCUCAAGAUAGUUUACAAGAGGUAUGCCAGCCUGUACUUCUGUGCUGGUCUGGAGGACAAGGAUAAUGAGCUGCUUGCCCUCGAGGUGCUGCACAGAUAUGUUGAGUUGCUGGACAAAUACUUUGGAAACGUGUGUGAGCUGGACAUUAUUUUCAACUUCGAGAAGGCUUACUUCAUCCUGGAUGAAUUCCUCAUGGGAGGAGAGAUCUUAGAAACCUCCAAACUGGCCGUGGGUGUGUCUAUGGAGGAGGCCGACACACUCCAAGAGACGAUGGAAGAAUACAUGAGCAAACCUGCCUACUGAGCCAAGAGAGGACGGCGGAUGGUUCACAUUUGAAAGCAUGAAGCGAGAUGUUUAUCGCUUGGC